AUGAUGAACAAGAUCGUCUUCGCUUUGGCCAUGGCCUCCGCCGCCGUCGCGGCUCCUCUCAAUGCCCGCCAGGACGCCUGCCAGGACGCCUACAAGGCCUGCAUCGCCGCCGGUACCCCAGAGGUUGCCUGCUCAUGCACUUUGACGGCCUGCGUCGGUGAGGAUAACGCUCGCAACCGCGAGUACUGUGCCUCCGCGACAGCCAACCUCCCCAAGCCUACCUCUACCGGCAUCCCCGGCGGCUGCAACCCGGCUCAUCCCGGAUCUUGCCCCUCUUCCUACUUCACCUACACUACUGCCACUGCUACCGCCGCUCCCGCGCCAACCUUCACUUCCAUCUCCGGAAUCCCGGGUGGCUGCAACCCUGCUCACCCCGGUUCCUGCCCCUCCUCCUACUUCACCUACCCGACCUUGUCCGCCACCGCUGUGCCCACUCCCGCACCCACCUCCGGAUCCGGCGGAAGCGCCCCCGCCUACCCCAACCCUAAGGCAGUCGAGGGCAAGAAGUGGACGAUCAAGGACAUGAUCCGCUACUGCGGCGAGAAGAACGACGGCUGCGACUACAACUUCGCCAUCGAGGCUGACGGCAAGACUGAGCGCUGCACCGUCAUCCGCAUGCCCGGCUCCAACGCGGCCACCGAGAGCUGGUCCGACCAGCCCUGCACUUCCGGCUCCAACUUCAAGGUCUCUUGGGGCUACGUUGCCAACCCCGCCCCUGCUUUCGCUGUCGUCACCGUCGUCAACGGCAAGGAGCUUGCAUGGUUCGGUGUCUCUGACAUCAACGGCAAGCCUGUCACCACUGCUCCUUCCAGCCCCUUUGGCUCCGGACAGUUCGGCAACCUCGGCCCCGAGCAGGUUUACACCUACUAA